GAGCACAGUCGCUAUAGUAUAGUACCUUUGUAUCAGGGAAGAAAAUGGCUUACAGGGAAAAAAUUGCUGGAGAAAUACAGAAAGCAUUGGAUGCUGUAAAGAGUACACCACCUGACAAGAUGCUAAGCAGAUACAAUGGGGUCUUAUAUCCAGCCUUAAUGUGUAACCAAGAGACUUUUGAAGCACUGAACUCUUUUGAGACAAGAGAAGAUGAUAUUCUGUUGGCAGCAUAUCCCAAAUGUGGAACAAAUUGGACUCUUCAUCUAUUGCAGGACAUGGUUCAUGUUGUGCACAAAAAGGAUCCAGCUGCAGUUAUACCUUUAUUAGAAUUUACUGGCGAAAACAAAUUUGAGACACUCAAAGAAGAAUCUUCACCAAGAGUUUUGGUGACACAUUUAAGUUAUGAUGGAAUUCCCAAAAACUUCUUUAAUAAGCAAUUUAAGAUUUUAGUUGUAUUUCGGAAUCCAAAAGACACAGCAUUAUCUUACUUCCAUUUCUACAACAACAACCCAGUUUUACCAACAUACAGUUCCUGGGACACAUUUUUUGAAGAUUUCAUGGCAGGAAAUGUUUGUUGGGGAUCAUAUUUUGAUCAUGUAAUUGAAUGGAACAAACAUAUUGAUGAAGAAAAUAUUAUGAUAGUAACAUUUGAAGAAAUGAAAAAGGACCUGGAGUCAGCAGUAAAAAAGAUCUCUGAGUUCGUUGGGUUCUCUCUGACUGAGGAGCAGAUACAGAGCAUUGCUGAUAAGGGCACAUUCAAAUCCAUGAAGGAGAAAUCUGAAAAAUCUCAUGGUGCAUUUGGAAAAGUUAUCUUUAGAAAAGGUGAAGUUGGCGACUGGAGAAAUACAUUCACAGAAGCUCAGAAUCAAGAAAUGGAUGCAAAAUUUGAAGCUUGUUUAGCUGGAACAAAACUAGGAGAAAUGUUACAGUACAAUGUGUACUGCAAAUGAGAAGCGGAGACAUUUAGUACAACCACUGUAUUGAUUAUUUUAUGGCUUUUGCAUUUGAAUAAAGAAAUCUAAAAACUGAAUUUUCUCUAAAUAUUUAAACAAAAACACAUCAGGCCAGAUUCAGUUCAGUGAGAAAAGUUAUCUCAUGGUUUAUCGUGUGAAAACUCAUGGACAAGAUUCAAAUCGAGGAGAAAAAACAUUUCUCCUAAUUCAAUUCCAGUUUUUUCCAUAGGCUUUAAUAGAGUUUUCAUGUGAUAAUAGUGAAAUAAGUCUUUCUGAAUUGAAUUGCAUCUCAAAUUGAAUCUCAUCCAUAAGUUUUCCCGUUGAAUUUAAUGUGGCACAUUAUGUCUUGGGAAAUGUUCUGCCAUAAACCAGCAGAACAUGCUAAGAAGCUAGCAUGAUGUUUUGGUGACCCCUGGGAAGUAGUUGUUGUAGACAUUGCAAGUCACACCUCUAGUUUGUAAGCAGUUAAAGGACAGGCUGAAACAUAUAUCUCAUCACACCAAUGUGCACAUGCUGAAUAUUACAAUUAAAGGAUAAGAAAAUGUAUCUUAA